UGUUCUGCGCCUGCGCGUUUUUUUUUCUGAAGCAGAUUGUUUGGUGCUGUGUUGUUGUUGUUUUUUUUUACCAUUUGAUACUUAAAUAUGUGAUUGCUUAUCGACUUGCAUUAACUACUAAUGUGCAUAUUUACUGCAGGGAAACUUUUGCUUUUGUAAAACUAGAAUAUUUUAUCUAAAGACUCUAAAAAACAAAACAAACCCCGAUUUCACGAUGUUUCAACAGACGAUAAAGAACUUCAACAUUAAUUUUAACGCUUUGGGCGAGAGGAAUACUGUCUCCAGUGGCGACUUGCUCACUGGACACCUCUCCUUCGACAUCACAAAGGAGACGAAGAUCACUUCAAUAACGAUGGAGCUGAAAGGAGGGGUUAAUGUCCAAUGGUCCAGCGGAAGCUCGAAGAACCGAAGACAUUUCUCGGCAAAAAUCGAAUACUUUAAAUUGAAAAGCGUCAUUUUGCAAGAAAACAACGCUGUUGGUGAGGGAACAAGACUUCAGCCUGGGACCCAUAUGUACCCUUUUACAUGCCAGUUUCCACGGGGGGACUUCCCAUCAUCCUUCAUUGGAGCUAAUGGAAGGAUAAACUACUCAUUGACAGUGAGCAUCCACAGAUCAUGGCGUAUGGCCAAGGAUUUUGCGGUAGAGUUGAAGUAUGUCAACCGCAUUGAUACCAACCAGCCAGAGCUGCAUGCUCCUCUCUCAGGCAUCAACGGUAAGACACUGUGCUGCCUGUGGUGUACCUCUGGUCCUAUCUCGAUGAAAGUCAGCACAGAGAAAAAAGCCUUCAUGCCUGGUGAAACUGUGAAAAUAAUCUGUGAGUUUAGUAAUGGAUCAUCUCGAACAGCUACUCCAACGGUGUCAUUGCAACAGAAACAGGUUUGCUACACCCACAACCGCGUUUCCCAGAGGUGGUAUAUCAAAAAGUUGGUGUCAGUGUUUGGACAACCCAUCAGUGGUGAAACCUCUGGUGUGCACACUGGGAUCGUGAUCACUAUUCCCUCGGCUACACCGCUCACCAUCUCCAACUGCAGCAUCAUUGACGUCAGUUACUUAAUUGAGGUGACCCUCCGCGUAAAAUAUGCCUCUGACCUCACAGUACUUAUUCCCAUCAUCCUGUGUGACACCCCUGUUGACCCUCAGCCGCCAGCUUAUAUGUGAGUCUACAACAUCUACACGAUGUUGGGAUAUUUUUGUUUCACUACAUUCGGCCAUUUCUCAGUCUGACUUGUUACUAUGAGAGAUUAUUGUACCUGUGGACAACCAUUUACGCUCUCAUACACACCUACGGCCAAUUUGGAGUCACUGCCUUGUGUCUUUUGGACUGUGGGAGGAAGCCAGAGAACCCGGAGAGAACCCACGCUGACACGGGGACAACAUGCAAACUUCUUCUUUCUGUGAGGGGAAAAUGCUAACCACUAAACCAGUAAUUUCAGUGCUGUGAGUGAAAACUGUUGAAACUGCGUUGUAGCAUCAAACUGCCUUCAAUCAGUGUUCAUUAAUCUGUUUCAGCGUAUGAUUGAUUUCUAAGCACGGGGAGAAAUAUAUGGAACAGUUUGAAUGUUGCUACCACUUGCGCCA